UAUCAGUUGGGUGACUUGGGAACUAUAAAAAUAAAACAAAGGUUUCAGAAAAAAAGAACAAAAGAAAAAAAAAACAGACCUUAACUUAUUGUUUAUUAUCAUCGGAAUGAACUUCGGCGAUGGCCAUUCCUUCGCCGUCGUCCCCACUGUAUACAAGAGAGAAGACUAUAAACGAACCAAACACGACGCCGUUUUCUCCAAGUGGAAGGUUCUGAUAGGAUCCAACGAUUGGGAGGAUUUCAAAAACGGGAAAGACGGUGUAGCUAGAUACAGAGUCCAGAACUUGCCUCGUAGAUCUUGCCCUGGUCUCUAUGAGCUCGGUGUAGCAGUCAUCGGUCACCACGACCAAGCCCGGAAGCUUGACUCCGAUGAUGUCCUCGCUGCUUAUCUAGGACAAGCUGAAAGCGUUAGAUCUAGGCUUCAGAGUUACGGAAGAUCCGGUGCUCAUUUGCGCAAUGUUAACAACAACCUCACCAUCGAGUCUCCUGAUAAGAAGGCUGUGACCACGAGUUUGUUUGAGGACGUAUUCUUCAAAGAUGGCUCGGUUCUGUAUAGAUGGGCCCCGAUGGGGUCUAAGAGGGAAGCUGAGGCAACAGAAGGGAUGCUGUUGAGCACGUUUGACUAUGCGUGGAACAAAGGAAGCAACGGGGAGCGACGCCAGCUUGAUCUGCUUAUGAAGCUCGGUGAUCGCGAGUUUAUGAGGAGCAGAAAGUCUGGAAUAAUAUCGCGUGUACUGUUUCCUUUUCUCAGGAACCAAGUUGGUAUCAGAAUCAAAGGGGAGAAGCAUGUGCUUGAAGAAGAGAGAAAGCUAAGCUCUGAUGUUGGUGAAGAGAUGAAGAAGAAGAAGAGUAUCAGUUUCCUUGCUUCCAUUAUCAAACUCUCCCGAUCUAGACCUCAGCCGGUUUCAGACAGACCUGAUGAGAUUAAUAGUUCUGGUUCUGUUUGUGGAGUUAUACUUGAAAGUGGUGGUUGUUGUAGUAGAUGUCCGGUUAAAGGAAGAAAGAGAUGCGAAGAGCAUAAAGGGCAGAGAGUUUGCCGUGUUUCACCGGUAAAACCACAGCCCGAGAGUUUCAUCGGACAAGAUUACAAACACGAAGACUCUGAUGUCACAUGUGGAGUGAUCUUACCAAACAUGGAACCUUGCAGUAAGAGACCUGUACCAGGAAGAAAACGAUGCGAGGAUCAUAAAGGCAUGAGGAUCAACGCUUUCCUCUUCCUUCUUAACCGGACGGAUCUUGAGAAAACCGUCAAAGACGAGAAACCUGAUCCUGAACCGCCUACUAGACACAUAACCGAAGAAGAAAGUUUGUCUCGCUUCUGUGAAGCUACAACAAAGAGUGGUGUACCUUGCACAAGAUGUUCACCUAAAGGAAGCAAAAGGUGUUGGCAACAUAAGGAGAAAACCUCUGGGGAUGACUUGCCGGUAAAGGUUCAUCCGGUGGCCGGAACACAAGUAAGAUGCGGUGUUCAGUUGUGUAAUGGAUCGGUCUGUGAGAGGUCUCCGGUGAAAGGACGUAAAAGAUGUGAAGAGCAUAAGGGAAUGAGAGUCAUCAUCAUCCCUUCAUGACUUGGUUAAGCUCGCUGUCACCUAACCAGAAUUGUUUGUACCGAACCGGUUUUGUUUGUUUAUUGUAUUUGUACCGAAUCAAUCGUUAUUUUUAUUAUUUAAGUAAUAAAUCAAUGGGGUGUGCUGUCCUACAGUGGAUCACCACCGUCAAACUUUUGGAA